AACCGUUGGCGACUCGCGCACAGCCGAGGGGUUAAUUGGGGUCACCGUUGAUUCCAGCCAUUUGAUUGUCAUUUCGUCGGCCGUGGGCAGGAUGGUUUCCAACUAUCUCCUCGUCGGUGGAGCUCGCUAGCCCCAAGAGUUUUUAAAACAAACAUGAGGGCGACCCGCAGCGGACACAGCUUCCUACGUGUCCUCGUCCUGUCCUCCUUCGUCUUCCUUCUGUGGUCCACCUGCACCGGAGCUGUGGCCGGGCACAAAAUGGCCGCUCACCAGCCCACCAUGUUGAAGCGCAGCCGCCGGAGUCACCAGAGCGCGAAGCACAAAGGCGCUCACCACCGGCCGCUGACAGACGAGCAGAAAGAGGACCAGAACCUGCAGUUCAUGUUGAGUUUGUACCGGAGCGCCGCCGAGCCGGACGGCAGGCCCAAACAGCACCGGAAGUUCGGCUCCAACACGGUCCGCCUGCUGAGACCCUCGGCCUCCUCGGUGCACUACCUGCCAGCCUCCACAGACCACCACUACAGCUUCACAGUACAGUACAACAUCGACACUCUCCCCUCGGAGCAUCUGAUCAGAGCAUCGUUCAUCCACCUCCGCUCCACCACCCAGGCCCUCGAGCCGCCCCGCUGCAGGGCUCAGAUCACCCCACUUGGCAAAGAGAGUCUGGUCACCCUGGAGCCCCACGAACGAUGGACGGAGACGGACAUCACCGCUCACGUCCAGCUGGGGAAGAACCAGAGCACGGGGGGACACUUGACCCUCACUGCCCAGUACUGGUGCUCAGAGCCUUGGUAUGCCAAAGACAACAGCAGCCUCUUGUGGUGGUGGACUCCUCCUCAAGGGAAAAAAAAAUGGAGAGGCGAACCACAUCUGGAAGUCCCGUCUCUUCUUUUAUACCUGGAGGAGGAAAGAGAAGUAAAGGACUGGAUGGGGGACUUGCUGGGAGAAAGCAUCAUGAGGCGAAUAGGGCAGUGGCAUCCUUCGAUUCACCGCCACCGCCGCUCCAAAGACGUUUCAAGCUCUGAGCCCAAAGAUGAAUCACUGGAUGUUCUGAAAAACACUCCUGCUUCCUCCUCCUCUUCUUCCUCCUCUUCUUCCUCCUUUUCCACCUCCCCCGCUGCCUCCAUCGUCUCUGAUAUCCCCGAGUACAAACGCAAAACUGGCGUGCCCAAGAACCGCUGCAAGCUCCACUCCUUCCGGCUGUCCUUCGACGAGCUCGGCUGGGGUCACUACUUCAUCGCUCCGCCGGUGUACAACCCGCGGUUCUGCAGGGGAAACUGCCCGCGGGUGCUCCACUACGGCUACCAUUCCCCCAACCACGCCAUCAUCCAGACGGUCAUCAACGACCUGGGCGUCGGGGACGUCCCCCCUCCGUCAUGCGUGCCUUACAAGUACAUGCCCAUGAGCGUGCUGGUCGUGCACAAGAAGAAGGUGGAGUACAGGGAGCUGCCGGACAUGGUGGCUGAGUCGUGCACGUGUCGCUAAACACGUCGCGUGCUUCCAGACAAAAGGGGGGCAGAUUUAACUGGGUCGUACAUGUGACCAAAAAGAUCGUUAGAUCCCCGUUAAAGCACUUUAAAAGGCAGCUGCUGACUCGUGAAGAACUCUGGGUUGACAGAUGAGCGAAUGUGUCGUGUCAGUUUACAGUUUGUUGUUUUUCUUGUGAAUAAUUGUUCUGUGAACUGUUUAAAAGCACUGCGAUGAUGUGCUGCCUCCCACAUUGGACAGGUUGGUCUGGCCGAGUUAGGUAGUCCAGAUCUUGGAGACAGAUCAGGUAUUCCCCAUAACAUAGUCCUGGUAUAUGGGCGAGAACAGGGGUCAUCUUCAAUUGCAGUCUUUUGGACAAAUUGACUUGUGGGUUCUUGUAUUCAUAGUCACGAAUGUAAUUUUCCUACUGAAAUCAAAGAUAACUGGUACAUUUUGAAGCAUUUUCAGCCAUUUGAGAGCAACUUAACUAACUCUAAAUGGUAAUUUAACUCAGCUAAACCUAACCUGCAGGGUAGCUUAACAAAAUAAAAUACAAUUUCUUGUUCUUGAUUAACCUGGCUCAACAUCAGGGUACCUUUUUUUUUUUUUUAAGAGAACUCAAAAAGUAACCACGUGUCUCAAACCACAGCCAAUUAAUGAAUAUUUCCUUUCUUGUGCAAUCAUCUUUGUUUUCCUGUAUCAUUCUUUUUUUAAAAACUUGCUCUUUGUUUCAGUAUCAUGAGGAACCAGCAAAAAAUAUAACAACCUGUAUGCGUGUUUAACACAUUUUGGAUUUCUGUGCUGCUCUCUAAGAAAUUAAACACUACUUGAAGAAAAUAAUUUUAAUGGACGAGGUGUUGGAUGUAACCGUGAAGGCCUUGUGACGUCACAAUUUUGCUGUUAACAAUCUAAACUUUUCUAUGUAUUUAUAAUGGGAGGGACCUCCAAAAACUUGGAAAAAAAAGUGCUGCUACUGUCUUGUCUUAGGAAAACUAAACAGAAAAUGAAGAGGAGGCGCAACCGUGUUGUGUGUUUAAGGGGGGGAAAAACACAAGUGUUGCAGUGGAAAUGUAUUCAAUUUUUAUUACAAGUGAAAAUGAAUAAUGAAAUAAAAUGCAUGUUUUCUAAAACCUAA